AUUGAUUCAUUGGUCUCAAUGCCAGCGAUAGUUAAUUACAAAUUGAAAUUAAUGCUAAACUUGUAUUGAUAUUAACGUAAAUAUCUUUGAAAACUCAAGACAUAGAAAUUGUGGGAAAGUAGUGCUAAAAUGAGUGAAUAUUCAGCUCUAUUCUUUGGUGCCGCUGUUAUGGAUUUAAUAACAUAUACGGAGCGAUUCCCAGAGCCGGGAGAGACGGUUAGUGGCAAAGAAUUUCGUAAAGGAACGGGAGGUAAGGCUUCCAAUGCCUGUGUUAUGAGCGCCAAACUCGGAUUGAAUGCCGGAAUGCUGGCCAAAAUUGGAGACGAUUUAUUUGGUCGUGAACUCCUCGAUAACUAUAAGAAAUAUAAUAUUAAUAUUGAUAACGUUUUGCUCACCAAAGAUGUCUUUACAGCGACCGCAGCCAUUAGUGUUGCAGACAGUGGCCAGAAUACCAUAAUCUAUAUUCCCGGACCAACUAAUGCAUUAAUGCCCGAUGAAAUUUCAUCAAUUGAAGCCAAUCUAUUCAAUGAUAAUUGCAAACUAUUUGUGCCAACAUUUGAAUGUCUUCCCCAAACACUACAUCGAGUGCUGACUAUAGCC